CACUGUCUGCCUACUCCUCUUUCUCCUUUCAGCUUUCUUGUCGCUUUCUGCUUUUGCUUAUGGUUUUUAUUUUCUCAUUCGUGAAAAAAUGAUAGCUAAAUAUUAAUUAAUAUUCGUUAUUUUUUUUAUGUUUACUUGAACAUCCUUUUCAUUAAUUAUAUUUUUGUGAACCAAAUAUGGAAAAAUUGGUUGAACAAUUUGAACAAUUAAAGGUUACAACAUCUUCCCGAUGUGUUGAUGAUGACCCUUCCAUCAAAGAGUUGAUUGAGACCUACUCAAAGGCUGUACUUGAUUGUACAUUCUUCCAUGAGAACUACUUAACUGAGAACAAUUUUUGCCUUGAAUCAACAGAGGAAGACAUUGCUACCACAUUAAGCCUUCUUAAUGCAAUUGUGUCUCUUUGUGCAUCAGUAGAUAGCUCAACAGUAGCUAAUACAUCAUCCUCAUCCUCAUCUUCUUCAUCUUCUUCAGAUAGCAGUGACUUCGGUAGGAAUGUCCUUCCUAUGUCAUCAUCUUUCCAAGGAAAAACAUCUUCAGGUGAUCCUUAUAGAAGCGUUGUUAAUGUUUUAGGAAUUGAGUUUGGUGAAUGUGUACUUUGGAGGCAAGGAUCACUACUGUAUGCUUUCUGUUCUGCCAAACUCUCAUCUGAUCCAACAUGGGUUAGCAGUCGUCAAAUGACUUUACUAAAACAUUUAAAAGAUGGUAUAAAUUAUUUUCACUUGAUGCUAAGCCUUCGUCGUAAUUUAUUAUCUAAUUUGGAUGAAAUAGAUGCUUCAUACAUUCGUAACCUCCAUGCACCCCGACAACUUGCCAACGCUUUUAACCACCAUCAAUACCAAGACAACAUUGCAUAUGUUAGUGCUAAAGAUUUAAACCCUAGCAAUAUGAAUGAGUUGGGUAAACUGUUGGGACAGAAAGAACAAAUAGUUGGAGCUUUAGGACAAGAACUCGACGAGUUGCAACAAGUUUUAGAUCAACAAGAGCUUCUAAAUAUAGAGGCGCGACGUGAGAUCCAACAAAAAAUGUUAAGCAAUCCAGAAUGCCGUGAUGAUCUCGAGCGAGCAUUGGAUGAAAUUGAUGCCAACCAACAAAAAGUUAAAGUUCAACAAGAGGCAAAUGUCGAGAAAAAAGGCCAAAUUGAGAAUUGUCUUCGUCAAUUGCGGAAACAACAAGAUGAACUUAACAAACAGUCAAUUGUAUCCAAUCCCUUCACAAGUGGAACAAGUAGUAGUGAUAUGUCGAUGUCAGAUGGAACAAAUGUCAAUACCUUUGAUUUAAUUGACAUGGGAGUUUUAAGUGAUACUCAUAUGCUCGCUAUGAUGUACUGUGGUGAUAUGGCUUUCUGGUUUUGUAAAUAUUCGCGAGACUGGAGUCUAAUAGAUCAUUCAGGAGAGAUAUUCGGAGAAAUCCGUCGAAUCGGAAUCUCAUAUCUCAAAAUUUAUAUCAAAGCAGUGGAAAAAGUUCUCAAGUUUUCUGGUUGGAACUGUGAUAGAGCUAAAGAGCUUCUAAACCAUUUUAAUGAUCUUUAAUAUUACACGAAAGAAUACUUCCGAUUUCCAGGAAGUAAAAGAUAAACGGAUAAAGUGAAAACAAAAAAUGAAUCGUAAAUGAAAAUUUAUGAUUUUGAGCGAUUUAUCUUUUUAUCGAACUUGUUUUGUUUUUUAUUUUCAACUAAUAUUUAAUUUGACUGCAUACUCUUUUCCACUAACAGUACCAGAGUAACAGAGUAUUACUUGAAGCACUAUAAAUCUUAUUGUAAAUUAGAAUUGACAUUUUCUAUCCACAAGAUAGAAUAAGAUUUUUUUUCUUUCGUACGAUCUUGUGCUUUAUAAAAAAGUAAUCCUUCAAAAUUUGCUUCUCAAUCUCAACCCACCCAAUAAUACAUUUGAAUUGAAUAAUUUAACUUUAUUUUGAAUCAAUUCUUGUAAUUUUAAAAUAUCCUUUGUCAAUGAUUAGAUUGCCAACAGUAACUUCAAAAAUCUGAAUUUAAUCAUUGUUAACAUAUAGUUUUUCGGUAACAUAAUAUUUUAACCUUCAAUUUGUAAUCCAAGUCUACCCAGUGAGUAACAUUUUUGGUAACAUAUCAAUUUUGAUUAUCAAUACCAUGCUUUAUUUUGAAGGUAAAAUUCAAUGUUGAUCAAUCAAAUUUUAUAAUAUUCAGGUUUGAGCUGUUAUUGAGCGAAUUAUGUAAGUUUACUCGAUUUUGACCGUUAAUUUUCGGAGUAAAAUUACUACAGAUGAA